GCAGCACCGCCCGUCGCUGCCAAACCUGCCAUUGCCAUUUUAUUUCGACUGAGUUUUGUUGUCAUAAUAUUUUAAUGAAAUUAUAAAAUAAUCUUAACAUAAUAACUUUAAUAGUACAAUGUGGCACAACGUGAUAGUGUAAUUGAUUUUUUAGAAGUUUUAAUUCAAAGUAUUUCAUUAUAAUUUGUUUACAUAUCCCGUUAAGUGGUUCAUUGUUUGAAGGAUACAAUCGAAAAGAAAGAGGUCUCAGCAUCUCGCAGGGACUCGUGAUGUCAUAAAUUGAACCCGAACGAUGUAACAAUGUCGCGCGUACUCAGCGCGCUGAACGGGGCGCUGCCGGACUCACGGCCGCUGCUCUCGCUCCAAAUAGUUGAGACUGUCGCCAAGUGCCCCGCCGGAUAUGUCGCCGUCAGCAGGACCUACGACGAGGACGCCGACGCCGGGCUCUUGCGGCAGAACGGGCUGUUCGGCAAGAAGCCCACUCAUUACAUCUGCCUGUCCAAGUCUGAAGGCGUCCCAGGCUACGUGAUGGACGGCAUAGCAGUGGUCGGCGAACGCGAGGCGGCCCCGCCUGGCUACAGCGUGGCCGGGCGGGCGGGCAAGCGGCGUUUAUGUACACGAGUGUCAAGAGGGGCGGCAGAGCCGCGCCUGCCACCCGUGACGGACGUGAUCGUAUGCUCGCGGAUGCGGCAGGCGCCGCGAGGAUUCAUAUUAGCUGGUGAGAUAAACGGCAAGAUGGUAUGCUACAAAGUUGGCGACGGUAGCGUCGAGUCCUCGCCGACGCACGUGCAGAAUGAGUACGAGAACGUCGUCUCCAGUACUACUCCCGAGGCCAAUAGAAGUUCUAUAUCUUCGAAACUGUAUCACGACAUCUUAGUAUGGACAAAUAGACUGCGAGCGGCGCCCGAGAGGCCCCCGAAACUGUCCCCAAUCAUAUCAGACUUGAAGAACAUGAACGUGAGCGCGUACCCGAACAUCGAGGAUUUCACCACGGGCCACGAUUACGAGGCCUUGAGUCCGUCUUACAACAUCAAACCGGCGAGGCCGGCACCCAGGCCCCCGAGCGAGUCCCCGGUGACGUCACCGCCGCCGCCGAUCCGCAAGAAGGGCCCCGCGCCGCUCCCGCGCAACAACUACCAGACGCUCGGCGGCUACAGCGGCCUCGAGGGUGUGCCGUUCGUGCUCAACCCGAGGCUCAGGGGGCUGCCCGACGAUGCUCUAACUCAGUUUCCGAUGAUCAAAAAGCGUACUCGCUUCGAACUGGACCGGGACUACUCCUACUCCUUCACCGCGGAGCGGCAGACGUGAGACGACCAGAAAAGCACCUUAAACACGGGCACACAAGGCUCAGUUUGACAUGGCGGUGGUGGUGUAGCGUAUGAACUUUUUUUUAAACAGGUGCUUAGCUUAUUCAUUCGCUGCGGAGCCGCAGACGUGACACAGAAAAGCACCUUAAACACGGGCGCAUAAGGCUCAGAUUGACAUGGCGGUAACGGAGGUAUUUUUGCAUAUGAUUGUGAAUUAGGUACAUUACAGAUAGGUGAAAACUAGUGCUGUUGAGCACUGUGUAUCAUAUAUGAUACAUCAAUUUUAUAUCUGUAACGUAUAUGAUACAUCAAUUUCUAAUUGUAUCAUAAAUGAUACAUCAAUCAAAGUCUACGCUGAUGUGCGUAAUUAUUCAAAGUACUAUUCUAUAAUAAAUAACAUAUUUUACUAAUGAAAUAUUAAUGGACUCCGGCACAUAAGAGUAGACAAACGAAUUAUUAAGUAUUGGCAAAAUUGUACGUAGGACUCAUGACUUGAAUGACUUUUCUCUUUGACAAAAAGUUAAAAUUCAAAUUGUAAUUUUUUCGUGGAUCAUUUUCACACAGUCAUUAAAAACGUCUCCCUACCUGACAUUGUGUGUAUAGCCAGUAAUAGAUAUUCAUAUCAUAUCUGUUCCUAAUUAUUACGUAACUACGCCAAUACCAAAGAUACAUUGAUUUAUUACGAUGUCAAUUUUUAGAAUGAAUUGUAACAGAGAGUUAAAGUCUAAGAAAAAAACGUGCCCCUUAGUUCGACAUCCAAAACAGAUGGCGCUGUACUGCGCCAUAUGUUUUGCUGUCACUGAAUUGUCAACCGCCGAUUUUUGACAAUCAGUUACCGAAAAAUGUAUGGAGCUGUACAGCGCCAUCUCGUUUACCUGUCAAAUUCGAAACAUUUUCUUACAACAAAUUUUCUUAGAUUAUACACAUCUUACUCAAUCAAUGUAUAUUUGCGUAUUAGAGCGAUAGAGAGGCAGAUAACGCAAUAUCGAUUUUCGUGUUUUCCUUUGCUGUCGGAAAGUUUGCAGAAUUGAGAAAUUUACACAUUUUCGGAAACUUUCAUAUUUUUGUGUGGUUUUCAUAAAGAGUUUUCCUUUUUUUUUCUGUGAAAUAUCCUUGAAUAUUUCUAAGUUUCGGACACUUUCCGUACCUUCCACAUCUAACAUAUGUACAUGUAACAUAAUCAAGUAAAUAAUUGAAUACAAAAAAGACUGGCGGGAAUGAAUUUGGGUAAGGUUCACAUUAUUAUGUAUUGUUAUUUUACUUAUUGUACACAUCCGGGUACCUGUACCACGAGCAAAUAAUUAAACCUUGUACUACUAAAAUAAUAUAAGUUUUGAUUAACAACUUUAAAAAAUUAUGAAAUCUUUACAUUUUAUCUUUUUCAUACAAAUUUAAUAUUAUUUUCAAUGUACGCUGACAUAAAUGUGUUUGACGUUACUUGUCACGCUUUAAACAUAACAAAAUUCGCAAUACAUUGCAUCUUAGAAUUAACUUCAAUGUGUAAUAAAAAUCAAAACGUAUGUUAUUUUUAAAAGUUGCUUAACAAAUGUUGGUCAGUUUGAGGAGUACAACCUACAGUUUUUUUUUUUAUAUAUACUACGUCGGUGGCAAACAAGCACACGGCCUUCCUGAUGGUAAGCAGUAUCCGUAGCCUAUGUACGCCUGUAACUCCAGAGGAGUUACAUGCGCGUUGCCGACCCUAACCCUCUCCCACCCCUCGUUGAGCUCUAGCAACCUUAAGAAACAACACUAUGAGUAGGGUCUAGUGUUAUUUGGCUGCGGUUUUCUGUAAGGUGGAGGUACUUCCCCAGUUGGGCUCUGCUCUAGAUCUGGAAUGACAUCCGCUGUGCUGUGCCCUACACAAAAAGCAAGAUGACAUUCACAAUGCCCAUACCUCUCUUUAAAAAAAAAGUUAAAUUUAUUGCUCCUGUUACAGGAAACGCCCGGUAAAAAAUAUGAGAUUUUUCAUCCCUUUUGUAGGUAUCGUUAACUUUGUAGAAUAUGUAAAUGGGUAGGUUUGGUUUUUGUAAUACACCGAUUUUAUAAAUAAAUAAAUAUUAUAGGACAUUAUUACACAAAUUGACUAAGUCCCACAGUAAGCUCAAUAAGGUUUGUGUUGAGGGUACUUAGACAACGAUAUAUAUAAUAUAUAAAUAUUUAUAAAUACUUAAAUACAUAGAAAACACCCAAACAACAAAUAUCCAUGCUCAUCACACGAAUACAUGCCCUUACCAGGAUUUGAACCCGGGACCAUCGGCUUCGUAGGCAGGGUCACUACCCACUAGGCCAAACUAAAUAUCCUGGUAAGGGCAUUUAUUCGUGUGAUGAGCAUGGAUAUUUGUUCCUGAGUCAUGGGUGUUUUCUAUGUAUUUAAGUAUUUAUAAAUAUUUAUAUAUUAUAUAUAUCGUUGUCUAAGUACCCUCAACACAAGCCUUAUUGAGUUUACUGUGGGACUUAGUCAAUUUGUGACGUUACUUGUCACGCUUUAAACAUAACAAAAUUCGCAAUACAUUGCAUCUUAGAAUUAACUUCAAUGUGUAAUAAAAAUCAAAACGUAUGUUAUUUUUAAAAGUUGCUUAACAAAUGUUGGUCAGUUUGAGGAGUACAACCUACAGUUUUUUUUUUUAUAUAUACUACGUCGGUGGCAAACAAGCACACGGCCUUCCUGAUGGUAAGCAGUAUCCGUAGCCUAUGUACGCCUGUAACUCCAGAGGAGUUACAUGCGCGUUGCCGACCCUAACCCUCUCCCACCCCUCGUUGAGCUCUAGCAACCUUAAGAAACAACACUAUGAGUAGGGUCUAGUGUUAUUUGGCUGCGGUUUUCUGUAAGGUGGAGGUACUUCCCCAGUUGGGCUCUGCUCUAGAUCUGGAAUGACAUCCGCUGUGCUGUGCCCUACACAAAAAGCAAGAUGACAUUCACAAUGCCCAUACCUCUCUUUAAAAAAAAAGUUAAAUUUAUUGCUCCUGUUACAGGAAACGCCCGGUAAAAAAUAUGAGAUUUUUCAUCCCUUUUGUAGGUAUCGUUAACUUUGUAGAAUAUGUAAAUGGGUAGGUUUGGUUUUUGUAAUACACCGAUUUUAUAAAUAAAUAAAUAUUAUAGGACAUUAUUACACAAAUUGACUAAGUCCCACAGUAAGCUCAAUAAGGUUUGUGUUGAGGGUACUUAGACAACGAUAUAUAUAAUAUAUAAAUAUUUAUAAAUACUUAAAUACAUAGAAAACACCCAAACAACAAAUAUCCAUGCUCAUCACACGAAUACAUGCCCUUACCAGGAUUUGAACCCGGGACCAUCGGCUUCGUAGGCAGGGUCACUACCCACUAGGCCAAACUAAAUAUCCUGGUAAGGGCAUUUAUUCGUGUGAUGAGCAUGGAUAUUUGUUCCUGAGUCAUGGGUGUUUUCUAUGUAUUUAAGUAUUUAUAAAUAUUUAUAUAUUAUAUAUAUCGUUGUCUAAGUACCCUCAACACAAGCCUUAUUGAGUUUACUGUGGGACUUAGUCAAUUUGUGUACUAAUGUCCUAUAAUAUUUAUUUAUUUAUCUUGGGAUUAGUUGUCAAGCGGACCCCAGGCUCCCAUGAGCCGUGGCAAAAUGCCGCGACAACGCGAGGAAGAAGAUAUUUAUAUUUUUGGUGUAUUACAAAAACUGUAGCAAAGACACAUUGAUUGAGUAAGAUGCGUAAAAUCGUAAGACAAUCUCGUGCUUCGUAUUUGACAGGUAAACGAGAUGGCGCUGCACAGCUCCAUACAUUUUCCGGUAACUGAUUGUCAAAAGUCGACGUUUGAAAAUUCAGUGACCGUAAAAGAUGGCGCAGUACAGCGCCAUCUGUUUUGGACGUCAAACUAACAGGCGCGUUUUUUUCUUACAAUUUGCCUCUGUAUUACAAUCAAUUCUAUUUGACCGUGGUGUAUAAUGGACAUAAUAGAUGUACAGAAAUAUGAAUAAUCUAACUGCCUUAAUAGUUGAAAUGGUGAGUCAUUUUAGUUUAUCAUUAUAAUAGACGCAAUAAUGUUAUUUUAAGUAGGUUGGAUGAAAUAGAAUAGGUAGCAUUAUAGGAAAAUGUAAUUAUGAGUCGUGUUGCCAUAAACAAUAACUAAUAUAAAUAAAAACUGUGUUUGUAUUGUCAAUGAAUAAAAUAAAAUAUCCUGAACAGGGAUGCCACGAAUGUCAUAUUCUUCACAUUCGCGAAUGCGAAUACGAAUGUCCGAGUACGAAUACGAAUGUUACGGAA